AUGUCAGCAAUCGUCCAAAUGCUCACUACUAGCUCAAUCGCUCUCGCCGUACCUCAUCCACCUGGAUUUUUCUUCCGAAGGAGGGAUGAACAGCAAGUAGGGAGAGCAGGUCCAUCCACAGAUGCGUUUGGUCCCUUCUCGGUCGACGAUGCUUCUAUUACUAGUUUAGCUCCUCGCUGA